AGUGCUUUAUUUUCGAAGUAACAGAUGAUUGUAGUUUAUUAGAUAUUAUUUGUAGGUUACGGAUAAUGCCUUACUGUCAUUUAAAAUGGCCCAAGACUGUAGUUAGAGGGUGGAAUGGGCGCAGGUGUAGAUCAUACCUGGUUAACUAGAUAGAGCAAAGGGGCUGGGAGAAAGCGAGGGGUCGGACUGGACUUUACCUGCUGGCUGCCCACCCUGCCUUCAGACAGAAAAUUUUCACCGCCAAAACGCACGCACGUGAUUGGUCGAAAGCGGCAAGCUGCAGCAAAACAAGGCAGCAGAGCGAGAUCGGAGGAGAAACAGCCAGGCAGCAAGUCGAGUUUUGGGGGAUAUAUAUUUCAUUUUUUGAGUGUAUAUCCUCUGUUUGAGAACCGUUAUAUAUGAUCCUGGAUGGAUUUCUCAUCGGAUCUGCUCGACCGGCUGCGGUUUGAAAAUAUUGAACGGAGACGACAGUUAUGCAGUGAUGUUGUCAAAAACCGAAAGAGAAAGCUCUCUGAGCUGUACUUUCUCUCCCGAAGCCCAUUGCUUCCUAUAACAGACGAGAUAAUCGCAUCCGAGGAUGACUAUCUUAUGGCAUUCCUAGAGAAAAAUGAUCUGGAAAGUGGACAUUUGUUUGACGAAUCCUCUCUGCCGUCGUCGAUAUACUCGAAUAAGAUGCAAAAGACGAGUGCGUCUGAUGGUGCACAUGCGUCGGGAAGGCUGCAUCCUAGCCAUAUCGUUCCCUAUCCGAGCGACGCGUCCGGCAAAGCUCGACAAACAGCGCAACCCCACACUCCUACCAGCAUACAGCAGUACUCAUCCAGUAUAUCACAUUAUACCGCUGGAAAAUAUGGAUAUCGCACAUCUACUCCGGCGACUAAACUGCCCGCCUCCGUAACGAAUCUCCAGCGUCAUCCGGUUGCCGUUCCUCAGUCUGCACACCACUUGGCACAGUCACAGUCCCCGGCUGGUUACGCCUCUCCAGCUUUAAAGCUGGCCACACCAGUGAAAGAUGCGCAAUCAAACUCCCCGUCUUCUCCUCCUGCUCCCCAUUCAGCCAUUACGUACAAGCAGCCGUUCGUCCCACAAGAACGGAUGACUACGCGCGUGAGCUCAGGUGCUAUCAAGCAGAAGUCGGUCAGUGAGAUCAUGGGCACUCCUUCACGACAGUCACAUCCUCGGCGGCAGGCAGCGUUCACUUCAUCUAUCGAGCCUGAGCUCGUCGCCCGAAGCUCAAUUGCUCCGCGGAAUAUCGCUGUGGAAGAGCCCCCCGUCAAACCCGGCGUUCCGCUCGUCAAGAUCUUUUAUUCCAUACAAGCAUCUCCUCUCGCUGCUCUUGUUCCCUUUUCGCACAAGUCGUUGACGACAGAGAACUACCUUACCUCAUACCUCGAAUCAACACUAGUGAAGAACUUUGCUCGCAUGGAUGAGCUAAAGCGCGAAAAGAAGUGGAGUUUACGACAACCCCAGAGAUUCCGCGCCCCAAAGCGGGCAAAGGCACAUUGGGACCACCUUCUGAGCGAAAUGCAAGUGACAGCGCAGCAAUGCGCGAUCUUUCGGAAACAAAAGCUGAUAGAUGGUGUGUCGAUUGCCUCGAUGAUGAAGGAGUACUGGGUCCAUGGCAAGACCGUGUGCGUGACUACCCGGGAACCAAGGACAUUAUCGGACGAGGAAAUACAGGCUGCGAAUGCGGCAUUUGAUGAGAAGCCUUCGUCGGAGAGCCAACCUGUAGGCGCAGAAUCUGCAGGUACAGGGGAAGCCGCGACGACAUCUGCAGAAGGCGCUGCGGUCGAAGCUGCCGACGAGUCUGCUGUUAGCAGUACAGCAGCGUACGGGUUGUUCUCGGAAAACCAUUUCGCCUCUACUGAUCCCUCAAAGGAGACUCUGUUCCGCGACAUGAUCGAAGAGUUGCCAAUUGUGCCCAUCAAUAAGUUCGCAAUGAUACCAUUGAAUCUACCUGCUGAUCCCGCGUCGUGGAACAAGAAGGGUCAAGCAGACCAGUCGCAGCCACAGUCAGUGUCUCUUGCUGACAUGGAAGUUUCAAGCGAGCAUAAGCCCUUGUUUAUCAGCGAGGCCGCCAGUCGAUCAGUCUUUGUGAAAGCGCCUAUGCCGCCGGCUCUGAAGUACGUCGAGUUUGGCGUGCCCACGAUCUGGCUUCCGCAAGACGACGCAACUCUCCUGAAGCUGGCUAGUGAGUUUGUCUACAACUGGGACGUUGUUGCUGCGCAUAUGAAUAUCCGGCAAUCGUGGGGUUUCCACUCAAACAUUGAGCGCCGGACGCCAUGGGAGUGCUUUGAGCGCUGGAUGCAACUGGAGCCUAACUUUCAGAUUUCAGAUUUACGGGGCCCGUUUGCCCGGCAUGCGCAAAUCUGGCUCGAGGCAACAAGUCGUGCCCAGGCACACACAAAACGCAGAAUGAUGCCGAUGGGUAUCACGAACGACAAUCAACAGCGCGGUCAGCGCAGACUGAGAUGGGGUGGUAUGCUUGAGGCUAUCAGAAAGAGCAUCCGGAAACGGGAAGGCUCGAGAAGAUUUGGCUCGUCGACUGGUGCUGGAGCAGGUAGUAGUGGCUCUGCUGCAGCAGCGUCUGGCGCUGCGGGUUCUGGCGCUGGUCACCAUGGUGCAGCUUCCGCAGGGAGCGCUGCGUAUGCGAGCAGUGUCAAAGCAGCUGCUAGCGCUGCCCAUGCAAAUAAGGGCGCUCGCGCAUAGAUGAUACGAGAGCAGAUUAAAGAAAGGCUUUGAUUGUGUUUGGGUUCUUACAGUCUUCUGGGUGUUUUAUAUUUUUCUUAGGUGUGUAUUAUUAGACAAGCAGCUUUUUUUUCAACAGUGUACAAUAAAGCCAUUCCCUG